UUUCAUGAUGGCUGAACCGUUGCCACCGACCAAGCUGAAGGAGCUGAAAGACUUCAUCACAGCGGUUGGGCUACAGCCAGCGAUACUUCAUGCUCCUCAGCUUGCAUUCUUCAAGGACUACCUUCUUAGUAUGGGAGCAACUAUUCCAGCGCCACCUAGUGAGGCACCUAAGAAGCCUGAAGAAAAGCCGCAGCCUGCACCCGAGCCCCAGCCAGAGUCCACACCGGAGCCGGACCCAGAGAGCGAGAGUGAGGAGAGUGAGUUAGAGCUCGACAUGGAGGGAGUUAUUGAAGGUGACAAUGAGCAACCUGAGGAGACAGGAGAUGCAAGUAUGGAGGUCACUGAUGAAAUGAUUGAAGCUUCAAACGAGAAGCGAGGAGAGGCAAUGGCGGCUCUGUCCAAUGGUGAGCUGGAGAGUGCCAUAAAGCUGUUUACAGAAGCAAUGAAGAUGAACCCUGGAUCAGCACUGCUCCAUGCUAAGCGUGCCAGUGUCUACCUCAAGAUGCAGAAACCUAAUGCUGCAAUCAGAGACUGCAACAUUGCCUUAGAGAUCAAUCCAGACAGUGCUGCUGCCUUCAAGUUUAGAGGGAGAGCUCACAGGUUGCUGGGCAACUUUGAGAAGGCGGCACAUGAUUUGCAGACAGCCUGUAAGCUAGAUUACGAUGAGCAGGCGAAUGAGUGGCUAAAGGAAGUCACGCCAAACGCGCAUAAAAUUGCAGAACAUAAGAGAAAGGUCGAAAGGAGACGAGAAGAAAAGGAACUGGAGGCAAAAAAAGAGCGAGUGCGAAAGGCAAAGCAGGCUCAGGAGAAGGCAAGGAAG